AUGUCUUCAAUCCCAAAUGGUUUAAACUCUUAUGGUGACGAUAUUAUGAAUCUUCAUGGUUCUAUUCCCAUCCAAACCAACUCAAGCUUCAUGAAUCAUGAGUCUAAUAUGGUUCGGUCAAUUUUCAUUACUCCUGACCAUACGUACCAUCAUGGUUUGUUUUCUUCCUCUCCUGCGUUUAAUUGUUAUCAAGAUUUAUACUUCCCUUCAUCUUCUUUUGGUUUCAAUAAUUCACAUGGGGCUUAUCAAAUGAGACAAAACAUUGUCUCUAAUGUCAAUUAUAUUCCUAUUAACGAUAACCCUCAUUUUUCUCAAGUCUAUGUCACCGAAACUAUCACAAAUAGGUACUCUGCUAUUGUUCCUACUAAUGAUUUGAUCACUCUCCAAAAUGAAUAUGAACGUGCCAUCAAUCCCAACAUUUUGAGUCCUUCCGUUCCCCUUCCAAAUUUUGUCGACAAACAGUGUGAGAUCUUAAACCCUACACCUCUCAAUACCAUUUAUCCGCAUCACAAUUCCGUAUUUCCUAGGAAUUUAGACCUAUUUUCCUUUCCACCAAAGCACCAAAAUGUUCCCACUCGUCGACCGGUGAAGAAACGUUCUAAACCAACCAUAUGUUUUGAAGAAAUUUUUGAUGGUUUUGAUUCUGAGGAAGAUGGUGAAUACGAUGGUCGGACACAUAGCCUACCGUACGAGAAAUACGGUCCAUAUACAUGUCCCAAAUGCAACACUGUCUUUGACACUUCACAAAAGUUUGCUGCACAUAUUGCGUCAGUUCACUACAAGAAUGAGACCAACAAGGAAAAAGCUAAGAGAUUUCAAGCGAGAAUCAAAAGAAGAUUUCGUAAAACAAACCAAAAAAAACUUGAGGAAUCUCAGGAGAUCCAAGCAGAAGACAGAGUUGUAGAGGAAAGCGGAGGCAAUGACAACAUUGCAAGUGGCAUUGAAGCUUUCCAACAUCAACUGAUUGUUAUAGAAGAACCUACUUAUGAUUUUGUUUGA